AGCUCCGCGUCCACAGAGCCGCUCCGGAGGCGCACGGAGAGCAGCGCAGCUCCCGCUUCUCGUUACACCAGCCCGGUAAACCGACACCUGUCUGCCACCUUCACCUCCACCUCCUCCUCCUCCUUCCUUCCCAUUGCUUCUGUCUGUGUGGGUGAAUCUUCUCCGAGGUGUUGCUUCGGAUAUGAAGAAUAAACACAGCCAGCAGGUGAAGACAACCUCGGCUCCAAAACGCUUCGACAUGUCCAGCUUCGAGGUUUCUCUCCAGCAACUCAACGAUCUGUUGACGGACGAAAGCGGCUUCUACAGCUGGCCGACAAAACACUUCCACGAGGUUUACCAGAGGAUCUACGUGGGCAAUGCAUUCGUGGCGACGAACGUGAUGCGCCUGAAGCGUCUGGGCAUCACCCACAUCCUGAACGCGGCGGAGGGCAACUCCUUCAUGCACGUCAACACCAGCGCCGAGUUCUACGCCGGCACGGGCAUCAUCUACCACGGCAUCCCGGCCAGCGACACCGACCACUUCGACAUCAGUGUUUACUUUGAGGAGGCGGCGGACUUCAUCGAGAAGGCGCUAGCAUACAAGAAUGGAAAAGGCAGGGUGUACGUUCACUGCAGGGAGGGCUACAGCCGCUCGCCCACCCUAGUCAUCGCCUACCUGAUGCUGCGCCAAAGCAUGAACAUCCACGCCGCCCUGGCCACGGUGCGGCACAGGAGAGAGAUCGGCCCCAACGACGGCUUCCUGCGGCAGCUCUGCCGGCUAAACCAGAGGCUGGCGUCGGAGGGGAAGCUGUGGAACAAAUGAGGCGGGCGAGGAGCGGCGCUGUCAGACCGUCUGUAAGAAAAGAGCAAGAUUAGGCUUAACUGCACAUUUGCUCACUUUCACUCAUUGUCCAGCUUUAAACGAGCUGCACGAUCAACGAGGGAGAGUCCUGGAAGCGAGGAGGCGUUUCUCCAUCACAUAAUUAUCGAUUUCACUCAUGCACCUUAGACAUAUUUAUCUUCAUUGUGCACUUCUUAAAAAAGACACACAACAUAAUGUGUACAAAGUAAAUUCAGGUACAACUCAUUUUAAUAUUCCCGCAUAUAUUAUGAAUAUUAGAUCCUGAUUGUUUCAGAGCACAUUCUUCACAUCCUGUACAGUUUGGUGUGUUUUUCUGCAGCUCCCUGUUUCAGAGAAAAGUAUCCAAGUAUAUAAAACAUGAAUGUCAAUAUGCAUUUAAGUGAAAAGUAGCGAGAAACAGUGUAACCGAUGUGGUCCUGUCUAUUUUAAUCCAGCCUCCUUUUCCUCCUCCCUCGUCCCUCCUGGAUUCAGGCCCUUUUUUGUCUUGGCCUCACUCCUGCAAACACUGCCAAAUGUCUCAGUCUCUGCCACUCCCUCUGGGAUUAUAAAUGGACACUGUGAUUAUUUAUGUAAUUAUAUAUAUAUUUUUUUCAUAUUGAAUCAGAGGAAUUUUGUGAAACUAACACAAUACAAUAUUUGACCUCACGUUUAGAAGGCUGCCUCAGAAGUCUUCAUGGACACAGCGUCUGUCUGUUUGUAUGUUUAGUGAGUCAUAGUGUGCAUUAUUUUGUCACAUUAUUUGUCACGGUGUACAUUAUUGUGCCUGUAAAUUGUGAAUCAUCGUGUGCAUUAUACGGAGCAGGGUGCGAUGUAUGAACUGGUCACGUCUGUAGACUUUUUGAGUCUCUCAGAUGAUGACGGUGCUCCAAUGAAGUGCACUUUAUCUUCUGACACCAGUGAUUGUUGUAUCUCUCUUUUCAUACAUUCAGUAAUAAAUUAUUAAAAACAAA